AUGGAUGACGAUGAACUUACUCAAGAGAUUUUGGACCAGUUCGAUCUCAUUUGUACACAACAUCAAUAUGAUCAUGUAUCAGCAUACAGUGGGGAACAUUUAAAUAAACACAGUAUACAUUCAAACAAGCUAUCUAAUUGCUUAUCUCGGUCAACUUCGUUAGAUACAAAGUUGGGAGGGUGCAUGCAGACAUCUGACUUCCCACCUAAUGAUCAAACUCCAACUGUUGGACGAAAUGAACUUGAACGGCUAAAAAAGGAAGUAUCUGUUCUACGUGAAGAGCUUUAUAUGAAACUAGGUGAACUUGCUACCAUUAAAGAAUCUGCCAGUCGAACAAAAGCAACCGAUUCUGAUACUAUCAGUAAAUUAGAAUCACAUCUUAAAUCUGAACGAAAUGAUUUCCAACGUAAACUAAGUGAAUUAAAUGCUCAAAUUGCCUUUCGUGAAGCUGACUAUCGAUUAGUAUGCAGUGAACUAGCUCGUAUAAAAGAAGUUGCAUCUAAUAAACAAGUGGUGAACGAACGUUCUGUUGAAUAUUCUCCUGCUUCACAAAUUCUUGUCUCCCUAACUUCCCCAAGUCCUGAUCAUGUUUCUAACCAAAAAUUACGAACACCUGUCCCUCGUGUUCCAAGCACAGAUUUUCACCUUCCUGCACCAGUUACUCCUAUUCCUAGUAAACGGUAUAAAGUCCCAGUCGGUGGUCGAAUGUGGGAUGUUAAUGUCACGAACAAUUUAGAUGAUAAACUAAAGUCAAAUACAACACCACAAGCUAUUGAUAAAAAUGUAGUCUUGAUAGAUAGUGAUGAAAUUACACCGUCAAAUGCAUCGAGGAAACGACAACGAUGUAUUGUGUCACCUGAUACUUCUCCAGAAUACUGUGUGCGCCAAAUUCCUGUAUCUUUAGCUGACGCAUCUGUUGAAACUACAGACCUACUACAUAUUACCUCUCAUAGUCAUCCCUUGUCUUAUCGAAUUCCAUCCUGUGCUUUUUCAACCACUGAGCCUUUCAGUGAAUUUACUAAAGGAAAUCCUGAAAUGUUAUCAGAAUUAUUAGAUUUGUCUAUUUCAAUUCCUCAGAAUGAAAAGGGCAGGAGUAGCAUCGAUAUUAAUCCUCAAACAACAUUGGUCACAUCAUCUUUUUCAAUUUCAGAAGAUUCCACUUGGUUGUUAUCAGAUUAUUAUCUCACAGGGUUAAGUAAAUUACUUCCACGACAGUCAGAUAUUCUUAGUGGAAUCCAGUCAUCAUCUGACAACUAUGUAUCACGACUAAAUUUAGUGGUUAAACGAUUCUCUGAAUCUGUACCCUACUUAAUACGAAGAAUAGAAGAGCAGUUAAAAGCAUGUAUUCGUGUACUUUUGGAUCCUUAUAAUCGAUAUGUAAGGAAAUCAAUUCAAUCAUGUCAUUAUUCAGACUUCCAAAAAGUCGAGACUGAAGACAUAGAGAUAGCAGAAAAAGAGAAUGAACAACCAUCAUCUAUGGAUGUUUCUGAUGAUGCUACCUCACAUGAAAUAUCUUAUUUAGGAGAAGAUCCUUUUGCUGGUGCACCUGCAUCACAAAUUGUCACAUCUCUAACAUAUCCUUCCCAAAUGAAAUCCAUUUCAAAACAAGUGGGAGGAAAUUCUAUCUUAAUGAAAAGAAACAAAUCAUGUCCCUCAGAUGUUGGUUACUGGUCCUUGACUAAUCCUAUUGUUGGUGAUAAUAAAAUAAUUGAUAAUAAUAGCGCUGAUAAAAUUACUAGCUGCCCUUCACUUUAUCAUGAAAUUAUGAUUAGUCGAAGUAUACAAGGAAUUAAUCAAUUAAAGUACUUGGCUACAAUUAUUAAUUCUUAUUGUCCUAUUUCAUUUGAAAUGUUUAAUGGAAUGAACACUGAUUUUACUAUGGAUAAUGAUGAACUCCUAUGCAUUGCUAAAGAAUUUCAAAAUCUUAUUCGAACAAUUUCUGGUGUUUUAUCCCGUUUCAUUAAUAAACUUAUAGAUGUCUUUUUUCAAAUGGAAGAAGGAAAAAAUCCAAUUUCAUCAUUAUCAACAACAUUAAUACAAAAUGAAUUAAUUGGUGACAAUACUACAAAUGUUGCGUGUUCAAUUGAUCAGUCAUCUUUUAAACAAUCUCAGUAUACUACUUCUAAACGAAAAAAUUACAUUUCAUCAUUUUGUAUUAUUGUACCUUUAAUUAUCGAAUGUUUAAACUUAGCCUCUGUAUUUGCAGUUUUUAUUAAAACUGAUACAAAUCCAUUGAAAAACAAGGUUUCCAAUACAGAUGUGAAUGGAACAAACUUUUCUGAACUGAACACAUGUUUUCCUCAACUUUUGAAUUGUAUUAUCCUAACAUCGGAGGCUUGUUUUGGUCAAGAUGAUGAAUCAACUGAUGUUACUGCGACCACAAAAAAUCACUGUGGAUCCUCUUUACAUACUGGUAUAACAAAUAUUAUCAAGAAUCGUCCUGUUGUAACCUUAAAGCCAUUGAUCAGUUUCCUUCGCCUAUGGAGACAAAUGAUAGCUCAGAAGCAUUGGCCUGGUGGACAUUGUUGUGACCAGUGGUGGGAUUUAGACGAUCAAAAUUUUAAUUCAAUAAUCUUGAAAAAUGUCCGUCAACAAUACAUUGAAAAAUUAUUCGGUACAUCUAUAAAAUGUGGUCUACUUUCAUUAUGUUCAUGGAUUUAUCAACUUUUGAAUCAAUUUAAUGAUUCUACACUUUUAUCAAAUUCAUUAAUUUCUAACAAUAUUGAGUUUUAUGAUUCAGCAGAAAUGCAAAGAAUUAAUUUAUUGAAUGAAUUUUCUGGAAUGAUUGCUGUGCUUACUCAACGUGAAGAUAUAGUUUGGCCUGAUAAUUGUUACUGUAAACGUCAGGUUUAUUCAACAUUAGUUUAUUUAGCAACUAAUCCAUUACAAACAUUAUUAACUAUUCCUACUAGUUUAUUAUCAACAUCAUUAAUUUAUCAUCAAUCCACAUUUACAUAUUAUAUAUUAUUAAUGAAACAAAAAUAUUGUUUACUUGCUUUUGGUCAAUUAACACGUGCUUUAAUUGGAUUAUUAUGGAGACAUGGUGAUCAAUGUUUUCAAUCAUAUACUGAUUGUUUACCAGAUUAUUUUUGUUUAAUUACUAAUUUAUCACGUUGGUUUCAAUAUACUAAUCGUAUACAAUUAGUAGGAAAUGAUAAUUAUCACCAUGAAUUGAAUCAUUCAUUUAAUCUUAAUAAUAAUUUCACAUUAAGACCUGAAUUAAUUGAAGAAUUGUAUGAUUUCGAGUCUGGAUUAGAAACUCCAUCAAAUUCAAAUGUUUUUUGA